CUGUUCCUCUCUGACGCGUGGAGACUCGUGCGGAGGAACGACGAAGUUUUCGAAGUUUUCUUUUGGGAAAAAAAAGAACUGGAAGCGGAGGUGCCGCCUCCGUCCUUCAAGGAAGAAAGGAAUGUCUCCCCGUCCCGGGUGGGAGAAGUGAGCGGAGAGGUGAAGGCAGAGGGAGCUGCCGGCCUCCAGCAGGGUGCAGCUGCCACGGACAGCGCAGUAGUAACUGAGGGUGGGCGUGUCCUGGACAGCUUGAGACCAGGAUGA